AUGCUUUACAUUAAGGGGAAAGGUAAAGUUGAUUUUAUCACAGGAGAUGUGGAGAUUCCAGAGAAGAAAGACAAGGGGUACAAGAUUUGGGAGGCUGAUAACAGUAAGGUGAUGUCUUGGCUCAUAAAUUCCAUGACACCAGAGGUUGGAGAAAAUUUCCUAUUGUAUGAAACAGCCUAUGAAGUUUGGGAAGCUGUGAAGGAAACCUACUCAAAUAAGGAUAAUAUUUCGGAGAGGUUUAGAAUUGAAGGAGUUUUACAUGAAAUGAAGCAAGGUGAUCUAACGGUGAUAGAGUAUUUCAAUAAAUUGUCACACCUUUGGCAGCAAGUAGACAUAUUCAACAAGUUAAACUGGAAGUGUAAUGAUGAUGGAGCUGUUUUCAAAUUAUACCUGAAAGAGAUGAGGAUUUUUAAAUUUCUUAUCGGCUUGAAUGAUAACCCGGAUGAGGUUCGUGGCAGAAUAUUGAGUGUUAAGCCACUGCCCUCCAUUCGAGAGGUGGUUUCUGAUGUGCGCAGAGAAGAAAGUCGAAAGAAGGUAAUGCUCAGGUCUGAGACAAUGCCAACCAGUGGAGACGCAUCAACACUUGCAGCCAGAGGUAAUUCAAACAAUCCUGUUGAUGGUAAAACCAGAAAAGGCCGACCAUGGUGCGAGCAUUGCCGUCGUCCAGGCCAUUACAAGGAAACCUGCUGGGAAAUUCAUGGAAGGCCAGUAGAUUGGAAGCCACGUAGUCAGACCAAGAAGGGAUAUUCUGUAUGUGGAAAUAAUCCUGGUGACAGUGACGAAAAUCUAUUCAGCAAGGAACAGAUUGAGCAGUUGCAAAGCUGA